AGGCGGGAACACAGCUCCGGAGCCGACCGGAGCCGGACACUCCCACUUCCUGGUGGGAAAACCUUGAGGAGAUACUUUCUUUUUUAAACACUAAGAAAUUUGAGGAUGGUGGGGUAAAGCGACUAAAUCCCAUUUUCCUGUGACUCUUUAGCCGGAAAACUGUCAAAAUCUGUGGAUAAACUGAUGAGCUAAGAACAAGGAUGGCAUCCAGAAUAAAUACCAGUUUCACUUUGAUUCCCAACCAGAAAUGUAGACGUAGUAAUCGUCGAUCCAGCUAUUUUUCCAACACUCUUGGCUCAGACUCUCAGCCCUUAUCAACACUUGGAAGUUUUAAAGCCUUGCCAUUGGAAAUAUUCCAAAUAAUUUUAAGAUAUUUGUCAGUGAAGGAUAUCAGCAUGCUAAGCAUGGUGUCCAAAACAGUCAGCCAGCAAAUUAUUAAUUAUAUCUCAACCUCGUCAGGAAGCAAAAGACUUUUACUACAGGACUUUCAUAACCUUGAGCUGCCUGGCAGGAGACAAGACUCAGCUAUAUUGGAACACUACAAAUCUCUAGGUCUACUGUUUAAAAGAUGCACGUUGCUGCUACCCACCAAGGAAAGGCUAAAGUAUAUUCACAAAAUACUAACAGAAGUUUCCUGUUUUAAAUUCAAUGGCUGUGCAGCUCCUAUGCAAUGUUUGGGAUUACCAUGUUAUGGAAUGUUUUUACAGACCUUAACAGCAGGCUGGGAUGAACUUGAGUGUCACCGCGUUUUUAACUUUUUGUGUGAGCUGACGAACCUCUCCCGUAAGAUGCAGACUGUUGUCUGCAGCAAACCAGGAAGUGCCCGAAAACUGGAGUUAAGGAUCAGAUUAUUCUGUAGGAGUGUCCUGCUUGAUCACUGGACACAUCGAAGUGAUUCAGCUUUUUGGUUGACGCGACUAUUAAGACCGUGGCCAAUGGUGAAUCAGGCAAGAUUACUGUAUAUCAUCUUUGGUCCAAUCUCUCCUCAGGAUGGACAGGUGGUUUGGCAGAAAAUGGUAGAAGGACCUACAGAUGAAUCCAGUCUGAAAGGUUUGGCUGAUGCCAUUAAAUUACUAUAUGACACAGGCACUAAAGAGUGGACAGCAGAUGAUGUUAUCAGUCUUGUAGAUGAACUAUCAGUGGUUCCCCGUGAGUGGCUUCUAGAGAAUAAUGCACGUCUCCUAAUCCUAAGCGGGAACAGCAUCUGUUUCACUUUCAUGGCUAGUAAAGCUGUGAACGGACGGGCCAUUGAACUGGCAAGGCUCAUAGUCUUUUUGGCUUUGGUGUGUGAGAAAGAACUGUACUGCAUGAAUUGGGCAGUUAAAAUGAUGCAAAAAGUAUGUAACGUCUUUAGCACGCCAUUGGAAAAAAUUAACUUCCUUCAGAGUGUGGCAAAUGCAUUUGCAUGUGUUAUAAUGGAAAUGCUGCAAUCAGUUAUGUCUGGAGACCAUGAUGAAGAUGACAGAAGCUUUUUGAAUUUGUUCCAUCUUGUACAUGCUCAGGCUAACUUCCAUAAGGAGGUCCUGUAUUUGACCAUGAAUAUUCUCUCUACCUAAAUACGCAGAAAGCCUUGCCUUUAAAAAAUCUCACUGAACCAACAAUGAGAAGGGUGCUACUUUUUUACACCCAGAAAAAUAGCAUCUGUGGGACUUUUUUGUCAUCUAAGUAACGUAAGAAUUCAAAAGCUGCAUAGAAUUUUAGAAGCAACUGCUUACACCAUUAUUAAUAUAAAAAUAACAAGCAAACUCAAGAAUGUAUUGAGAUUUCUCUGGUAAACAAGCUCUGCCUCUCCAGGUUUUGGUCAUCUUAAUACCAACAAAUGUUAGCGGUCCAAGAAUCUGGGGUAGCCCAACCUGUAUGUGUGAAUCUUUGAAGCAGAGAAAAUUCUAUUUUAUAGUUAGAGCAGACCUAAAUUCACUAAAUAGUAUAUAUCUGUUCACUUUGCUUAAGUUGUAUAGACAUAGCCCAGAAUGUUUUGUAAAGAUUUGCAAUAUGGUGUUUGGAAUGUGCAGAAUAUAAAUCACAUUUUUUACCACCUUCUUGGCAUAUGCUUACAAUGAACAUUAUAUUUUGUUCAUGUUUUGCAUGAACUAACAGAUAAAAAACUAAAAAGAAGUUGUGUGUGUCUAUAUAUAUACACACAUACAUAUAUAUGUAAAUAUACAUAUAGACACACACGCACAAACAUAUAUGUCCUUUAAAAUGAACCAUAUGAAAGGUGUAUAGAAGAAGAUAUAUUAUCUCAAUACAAUCAAAUCAUCUUUUAUACUUUCCUGGGGAUUAGACUAAAAUGUAGCAAAUAAGGGAAAAGAUAAACUGAAAGAAAGUAGCUACUCAGUUGCCAGAACAAUCUUCACAAAUAAUUUGUACUUAUUCCUAAAGUUUUUCUCCUUAUCUGAAAAAGUAAGAUUUGAUGAAGGAAACUAGAAGCAUACAUGGUUAGAGCAGCCCAUUAGAGAGGAGGGGUUCUUUUCAUUCUAUUAAAUGGAUUAUAAGAAGCUCUAGGACUAUUUCAAUCUGACUAGCUUCUGCCACCACCACUUUUACCAUUCAAGUAGAUAAUUAUAGUGCCUAAUGGGCUGAAAUAGUGCUGGAGUCCUCCUGGCUCUCUGAUUUUUUUCUCCUUGGGUUUGAUCACUUUACUUCUGAAGACCCACUCCUUCCCCUGGACUUCUCAGAGGCUAGCUUUCUUUUCCCAAGCUCUAGAUUUAACUUACCUCUGGAAUUGAUGGAGGGAAGAAAUACCAAAAGAUACGGAAAUUGCUCACAGAAGUGUGGUGUAAAUUGUGGGAAAUUCUCAAAUAUUUAGCAAGAGGGGUUCAGUGGGAGACUAAUAGGACUGAGGAGUGAAAAUUGUGGAGGAAAUAUAAAUUGCGAUAACAAGAUUUCACUGUAUUUCAAUAGCAAAAGCACUUACCUUCAUUUUUGGAGAGUCAGAAAUUAACUGCCUUUCUUAGAUGGAUUUUCCAACUGCAAUUCCACUGAUGCUAGGAAUUUUUUCUCCAGAGUUUAUUUGCAUAUUUAUGCAAAAACAAAGUUCUUACUUUUAUUCUAGUUUCAUUUUCUUCUUCAAUUUAAGAAUUCCCCCAUAAUUGAAUUAUAAAGAUUAAAAGUUGGCAGAUACUAGAGUAUAAAAUUACACCUUAAUUAGCUUUUUCUUUUUCUCACAUAUGCUUGCAAAGCACAGAUUUAUGUAUCAAAACACUGGUGAUUCCAAGUCAAGAAUGUAUCCCAUUCAAUUAUUUGGGAGGAGAGAGAAAAAUAAAGAAAAAAAGUAAAGAUUUUAAUAUAAAUAGUGAAUAUUUUUAAUAUUUUCCUAAAUAGAUGCUAGAAAUCAUUUUCUUAGAGAAAGAAAGUUGGCAUUGUAAAGUUUCCUUGAAUUCCUUGAAUUAACCAAGUCUCCACAGCAGUUAUUUUCAGCAAGUUUGCAAAAGAAGCAUAGUUUGAAACAUCUUUGAUCUGGAUUUUGAACCUCUUUACUUGAACUGAUGUAACUGCUGCUGUAAAUUUUUUUAAUUGACAUUAUUUCAUUAUUUUCAACAAUUGUGAGAUUAUUAUCUCACCCUCCCCAGAAAUUUGGAACAUAAAAAAAUUGAUUACGUUUUUGGAUGCAGUAGAUAAAUGGUAUCAUUUUGCCACCAAUAAAAUGUAAACUGAUAAAUUCUUCAUUCAAUUAUUAAUAGAUAAAAGUAACAUAUGUGACCAAAUUUAUAGUUUCUUCAAUUCAGUGGUCCUUUUUUUUCCUGAAUACAUUUGUCAUCAGGAAUAAAGUGAAAUAUCAAGUUUUAAAGUAGGAGAUUAAUUUGUAUUUAUUAUUAUUAUCAUUAUUAUUGAUGUUUAAGCGAAUUGUCACGAAAAAUUGUAUUAUCACACAAAAAAAUGAGCAUCUGCAAAAUUAAUAGCCUAAAAACACUAGGAGACUGUCAAUUGCUAACUAACUCUAGAAGUCAUAAUAACAACCAUGUAAACUAUUAACAAGUCAAAUAAUUUACCCUGUACUUUUUUAAAAUUAGAAGAUUGGCCUAAAUGAGAAGACCUAGGCUCCCAGCCCUUUUUUCCUUUUUAUAGUGAUUUCCUCAGCCUCCUUUGACUUUGAUUGGUAGGAUGAUUUUUACUUCCACUACAAAGCAAACUUAACAACACAUUGUUACUUUUAUCUUUAUUAUUGUUUCUACAUGCCCACUACACACCAUUAGUAGUAUUACUAAUAACAAACUGACGAUUCUACUUUUCCUAGAAACUGAAGUUUAUUUCUCUUGAUAAGUACCCUGUACCUUAUGAAAUAAUAGAACUUUAACAUUUUGGGGGAUGAUUCCUUCUCAUGCCCUUCUGUCCCCUCACCUUUAUCAUACUCACAAUGCAGGCAGUAAAUGACUGCACUUGGGAAGUGGUUCAAGUGUUCAAAGAAGUUCAAGCAUUGUUUAUCAGAGAGUUCCCCAUAGCAUGAACAAAGGCACCUUGUUUCACACUUUUCCCAUCCUAUGAUGA